AUGGUUGUCGACAUUUCCCAGAUGGAGAGAUACGAAGGUCCAGUAAGUUAUUUGGUGUUGGUUUGGUUAUUACGUUUAGGUGAGCCAAUCCCUGUUCCCUCAAUUCUCGAUUGUUCUUCUUGGGAUUGGACUUGUCCUGACCUCCUUUUCUAUCAUCGGAGCCUUCACUUCCAGCAAGAAUCGAAGUUUUUUCAAGGAGAUUUUUAACGCCUUGGCCGCUGCUACCUUCCUUGGCUUCGGCUCCGUAUUCCUUCUUCUCUGGGUGGGAAUCUACAUCUAG